CGAUUAUUGUAUGAUUAAGUUUUACUCAUUUCAUGAAGAUUAAGAUUAUAAUGUUCUGGCGUUAUGGAAAUAAAGUCAGCAGUGGAUUCUGGGGUUUUAUCAGAAGAAGAUCAUGAGGAUGAAGAUGAUGUUAUUGUGUUUGUGGAGUUGAUGUUAUCUGGUGGAUCACCGUGGGGUUUUACUGUCAGAGGAGGACUCGAGUAUCAUGAACCUCUCAUCAUAACAAAGGUGGAGGAUGGAAGUCGAGCAGCGCUGGGCCGACUCCAGAUCGGUGAUGAGAUCGUCAGCGUUAACUCAGUUCUUCUCAGCGGUUACAGACAGGAGGCGAUUGGUCUGGUCAAACGCUCUUAUAAGAAUCUCUAUUUGGGUAUCAAACGGAGGAAUGAGUCUUCAUGUAGGCCCCAAUCUUGGCACUCCAAAUCCACAGAUAACCUCAACACAGAUAUUCCAAAAUCUGAAGCCGACCCUGCAGCAGAAUCUUCUUGGCAGACAAAAUAUGAUGCAGGUUCACACUCCAAAGACUACACCAGCUGUUGGGGACAGGCAAAUCUACGACAAGUAUCCUGUCAGUUCAGCUCAGUGGGAAAUAUGGAAAGUGUAGAGCCUUUACCUCACGCUUUCUCAAAAGAAUCACAGUCGGACAAGCCCAAGGCCGGGGCGGACAACCCAGUGGUUGAGAGGGGUCUCGGCAAACCUACGUCCGCUUAUAGUGCAUUAUUGUCAGGCAAAACUGAUCACGGUGCGCCUCGGGGUAUGACCUCCACAGAAAGCAUGUUUUACAGAGGCAGUCCAAAUGAACUAGGAGUUACCAAUGACUGCCAUAAAUACCUGCAGAUUCCUAUGAGUACAGGGGGACGUGUGAGUCCCAGCAUGGAGGAGCACACUGGCUUUAAAUUCUCCCCAACUGGGAGAUCAAACCUUGGGCCUGUGUGGCAUGUUCCUGAGAAGAAGCUGUCAACUGCUCAGGAUCCUCUUGCACCUCCUCCUCCAUUGCGUAGUGAUAGUUUCACUGCGACCAGAGUUCAUGAGAAAAGUUUGGUGGGAACUUUCCCUGAAGGACGUUCUGUAUAUUCACAACAGAAACCUCACUGCAGAUCUGUUGACCAACAGUUUGAAAAUAUCCACACCAAUGAAAGAGGAUGUGAAGCACGGCAUACUUAUAACCCACCUCCAAAAAAAGACUUUCUUCAUCCAUAUCUAUCAGUUGAGGACUACAACCCAAAACAGCUAAACCCUAACAAACUAUUGUCCCUCUCAAGCACUGAUGUAAGGCAAGGUCAGAACCCGUUUACAUACGAGGUUCUGCAUCAGAGACAGCAUAGUGAUGAGAGUCCCUUUUCAAUGUACCCCAGUACAGCAUGCACAUCAAAGACCCAGAGUGUUGGGAACUACUACCUAAGUCUUCAACAUUUGCCAACCAAUUCAGGCAAUCAAAACCAAUCGAGAACCUCAACAGCCUUUGACCACAACCAUGAAGGCCAGGCUCACUUCCGUUACUACUGCAUCACUGCCCAGCAGCCAUCCCUAGAAUCCUCUACUAUAACACAGGUAUGGAAGGGAGAUGAAAGGAGGACAGAAGCAGGGAGCACCCAGAGUGUUACUGAUAAAAGCGUUGUUGGUUCUCAAAAGGUUAUUAAGACAAAGUGUCCCCAACAUUAUCUUACUUUGCAUGAGAACAAGCUACAUGGUACAGCUACAUGUCCUGGACCAAAAUAUGUCAUUUCAAAAUCCCGUUCUGGGGAGAGAGAAAGAGAUAAAGAAAAAAAGAGUAAAAAUGGGAUCGGUACGCAGGAGCUCUUCAUGCAUGAGCCAAACCACCAGACAGAGCAGAAAAAAAACAUCUCCACUCAUCACCAAGACAGUCCUUGGAUCAGCAAGCAGGAGGAGAAAAUUUGUCCACAUAAGACCCCCUUGUUAUACUCUUUGACCCAAGAGAGCAAGAAGAUGGCAGAGAAAUCUUUAGUAACAGCCAAAGGAGGAGUCCGUCAAGAAUCUGAUUCGAUUGGUGGCAAGCUAGAAAGACGAAGUGACCGCUAUGCCACCACUUUACGCAAUGAGAUCCAACAGAAGAAAGCUCAGCUGCAAAAAAGCAGAAGUGCAGCUAACUUGAUCUGCUCAAAUGAAAUUGAAGAGGACUCUGUUGUCUGGAAGUCCAAUGAGACCUCUACAUCCUCAUCUGAUGGUUCUUUUACCAACACAUACAAGGAUCAUCUAAAGGAAGCCCAAGCCAAAGUCCUGAAGGCUACAUCUUUUAUGAGGAAAGACUUGGAAUUUUUUGGGAAUGAAACUUUAACAGGACAACCUCCAAAAAACUUUGGGUGUGUUCAUGGCCAGCUCACCCGUAUUGGCGGACGUAAACGGUUUUCUAUGGAUAAGAAAAUGCGUUCUUUCUCUGAACCAGAGAAAAUCAAUGAAGUAGGAGUUGAAGAUAAGGCAGUUGGGUCCUUUGCGGAUCGUUAUAAAUUCUUUGAGGGUUCUUGUAAACCGAAUUUCCAAAAGCCCAUUCUCAAGCAGUCUCUUCUCAGUCCCAGGGAAGACCACAAUGAGAGAAAGACCACGCUAACAAGGGACAAUGAGAAGAUCUCUAAAGCUUCAUUUAAACAGAGUAAAUCAAACGAUUCUUACCUUAAUAUUCAAGAGCAACAACGACUUGGGACAUUUGCUGAAUAUGAGGCUACGUGGAACAUGCUUAAGAACCCACUAGAAAGAAGAACCACAGGCAGAUAUCACUCAGCUGAAAACAUUCUGGAUUCAGGCAUGGAAGAAUCUAGCGGCACAAUGUGCGUUCAUGAAAGAUCUCGAUCUUCUCCAUGUGCUGACAUUCAUGCUGAGAAAAUCUCACUGCCACCCACCCUGACUCCUCUGGAAUCUCCAUCUGUACACAAGGACCAGAAGGAGAGUUAUGUCUCAAGGGAACAGGGUCCAUUUAGCAUCUCUGAGCCAGUCACCCUGAGCACUCUAAAAAAUGAAGCUGUGGACACCCUUCAUUCAUCCAACCAAAGACUCAGACCUGAUUCCAGAGAGCUAACACGUCUAUCCUCACAUCAUCUUCAGGUUCCUGUUUCUAAACAGAAAGUUCCAAAAAAUAAGGGGCCUGAACCACAGACGUCCAGGCCGGACACUCCGACACAGCUGGAGAUCCCAUGUCCUUCGAGAACCACACAGGCAGCGCAACCCAUUGCACAGGGGAUCUCAGCGGUGAGGUUUAGACCCGCUUCCCCUGAGCCAACUCAAACCCCCCAUUCAUUUUGUUCCUCACUUUACCGUACAGAACCACUGGAAAGAGAAAUGUGCCUGACUACAGUACCAGAGGACGGUCAGAAAUCAGAGAGCAGGGAAGCUGUUUUAGGUCAUUCCUCAAUGUCUCCCCAACAGAACCUUGACUUGAGCAAAAGCCCAUCUAAUAGAAAAUGCUCCCCGUCUCCUCUGUUAUUUCUAGAGAGUCUACCAGAUGAACCACCUGUGCAGAAAACAGAUUCACACAGUUGUAAGUUGAAGGAAACAUCAGAGAAAAGCACUGCUGAGCAGAUAGUACCCAUACAGAUCUUCUGCUCAGAAAAUGAUUCAGAGAAGGAAAGCAGAAACUAUCUGCAACAUGGUGAAUCAUCAGGAGGACAUGAGGUGUCCACAACAUCCCGAAUGAAGAACAGCAAAACAGAGCAGAGUUCCUCAGAACAACAAACCAAUGAUGAGACAGAAUCACUUGACACAGAGCCGAACAGGACCAGUGACCCAGCCGAACAUUCUGCGGAGGACCUGAAACGAGAAGAACUGGCCAGAGACAUUAUGGGAAAAGACAAGAGUCUUGCGGACAUUUUGGAUCAAAGUAAGAUGAAGACUACCAUGGAUCUGAUGGAGGGGAUCUUUCCUCAUGGUGAGCAGCUCCUGGAAGGAGCACAGCAGAGAAAGAAAUCCACAGUCAAACAGACAGCUACAAAAAACACAUUACAGAGGGUGGAGGAGAGUUUGGCUUCAUCUGUGACAUUACUGAGCAGUUCAUCAUAUUACAGCACAUCUGCACCUAAAGCCGAGCUGCUCAUCAAGAUGAAGGAUAUGCAGGAACAUCUGAAUCAGCAAGACUUGGAUGAUGAUCUCGACUUGGAUCUCUCCAACAAAAAGCAAGAGUUGAUGGUCAGUUUAAGCAGGAAGCUGCAGGUGUUGCGUGAGGCAAGGGCGAGUCUACAGGAGGACAUUCAGGAUAAUAACGUUCUGGGUGAGGAGGUGGAGACCACCGUGCGCUCUGUCUGCAGACCCAAUGAACUGGAGAAGUUCUGCAUGUUUGUGGGAGAUCUGGAUAAAGUGGUGAGUCUCCUGCUGUCGCUGUCGGGCAGACUGGCUCGUGUGGAGAACGCUCUGGAUUACCUGGACGAUGGGACGUCAGCUGAUGAGAAGCAAACUUUGAUGGAGAAGCGCAAACUGCUGAUUCGUCAACAUGAAGAUGCUAAAGAGCUGAAAGAAAACUUGGACCGAAGAGAACGUCUGGUGUACGACAUUCUUACUGGUUAUCUCAGUGAGGAACAUCUCGCAGACUAUCAGUAUUUCGUGAAAAUGAAGUCAGCGCUCAUCAUUGAGCAAAGGAAACUAGAAGACAAGAUCAAACUGGGUGAGGAACAGCUCAAAUGUCUGAAAGACAGUCUACCGCUGGACCAGAGACUGCUGUACUGAUCCGUACUGAACCAGACUACACUCUGGUAAACCUUAUUGAUCUGUAUUAAACCAGACUAUACCGUGGUAAACCGUACUGAUCUGUACUGAACCAGACUACACCUUGGUAAACCGUAUUGAACCAGACUACACCCUGGUAAACUGUACUGAUCCGUACUGAACCAGACUACACCCUGGUAAACUGUACUGAUCUGUACUGAACCAGACUACACCUUGGUAAACUGUACUUAUUCAUCUUGAACCAGAUUACACCCUGGUAAACCGUACUGAUCCAUAUUGAACUAGAUUACACCCUGGUAAACCGCAUUGAUCCGUAUUUAACCGGACUACACUCUGGUAAACCCUACUGAUCUGUAUUGAACAAGACUACACUUUGGAAAAACCCUACUGAUCCGUACUGAACCGGACUACACUCUGGUAAACCGGACUGAUCCGUACUGAUUAAGACUACACUCUGGUAAACCGGACUGAUCCGUACUGAACCAGACUACACCCUGGUAAACCCUACUGAUCUGUCCCGAACCAGACUACACUCUGGUAAACUGUACUGAUCUGUACUGAACCAGACUACACCUUGGUAAACUGUACUGAUUCAUCUUUAACCAGAUUACACCCUGGUAAACCGUACUGAUCCAUAUUGAACUAGACUACACCCUGGUAAACCGGACUGAUCCGUAUUGAACCAGAUUACACCCUGGAAAACCGCAUUGAUCCGUAUUUAACCGGACUACACUCUGGUAAACCCUACUGAUCUGUAUUGAACCAGACUACACUUUGGUAAACCCUACUGAUCCGUACUGAACCGGACUACACCCUGGUAAACCGGACUGAUCCGUAUUGAUUCAGACUACACUCUGGUAAACCGGACUGAUCCGUACUGAACCAGACUACACCCUGGUAAACCCUACUGAUCUGUCCUGAACCAGACUACACUCUGGUAAA